UCACGAUGCAUGUGUUUUGCUGAAAAUGGUUACUUGGCCCCUAUGACAAGACACCAAAUGCUACCAGUUUCAGCUCUUUGAAACCCAUUGUGGAAUAAAAGAACGGGUAAAACAGUUAGCUGGCACGGCAGCGACGUGCGUGCGUGAAGUAUAGACUGUAAAAAAAAUGUGACGUCUGCAUCCCAGAAUGCAGUUUGGUAAACAGACAUGGAAGCACCUGGUAAAGACCUCCACAGUCAGUGAGCAUUGCAUUCGUUCUUUCUGCACGAUCUCCAUACUUUAAUAUCCGCCACAUUCAACAGAUUUGUAUCUGUCUGCCGUCACAUUUGCAUCCCCAACGUCCAGGACCUUGAUUCCUUCCACAACUUGUGUGGGGCGACCAGCGAUCACCCAAACUGAUGAGGUUCUACUGAUCCAGUUACGAUUGAGUUCCCUUUUCCACAUUUGACAAGCGGAAAGAAUGUCGGAAAGGGCCGAUGAUGACGUCAGGGGGGAGCAGCGCAGAGCGGCCAGGCAGCUAAAGCAGCAGCAGAUCCAGCGGGGAGAAGGCUCCACAGCAAUGGCGACUGUUGCGGAGCGCAGAUCCCUGCCUAGUCCAGAAAUGAUGUUGGGACAGUCUUGGAGCAACUGGGUCGAUGCUGCCAUACCCAAAGGCAACGACGGUGCUGAAUCGGAGGAAAGUUUGAAGGAGUUCGGGAAAAAUCGAGAAGCCAUGCGAUUGUGCAGAGAUGACAUGCCCAUAUUUGGCCAGUGUCCAGCACAGGAUGACUUCUACCUGGUGAUGUGCAGCCACUGCAGUCAGGUGGUGAAGCCCCAGGCCUUCCAAGCACACUACGAGAGAAGACACAGCUCGGCCAGCAUGCCCCCCUCCACCUCGGCCCCCUCGUCAGCCUUCUCCCUGUCUGCUCUGUCUCGGAGCAGGGGCAGUGGGACUGGGGCGGGGGCCGGGGGUGUCAGUGGAGGGGCCAUGGGCCGCUCCUCCAGUGGGACCAGCGCCGUGUCCAACUCCAAAAUCCUCAAACCAGCCAAAGAGAAGUUGCCAGGCAUCCAGCAGAGACCUCACUUCCCUCCCUUCAGGGAGCUCAAUGACAAAAUCCUGACUCCUGCGGUCAAAGUGGAGAAGAUGCGUCUGAAGGUGGAUGUGUGGGCCAAGCUGGUGCAGGCUCCCUUGGCCGCCACGACAUCGUCCUCCUCCAGUAGCACUGUGAGCUCCUCAUCACCCGUGAAGCCAGGCCUUAACUGUCCCUCAAUACCAAAGGCUCCCUUGCUGGCCCCUGGCCAGAUCCCCAAUGGCAAGGGCCACAUCUCCCUCUCUGCCCUGGACAAGAAGCAGGACAACAGUGCCAGUAACAGACAACACCUCCACAAGAGACUGUCGGAACGUGAGUUUAAUCCAGAUAUCCACUGUGGGGUCCUGGAUAUGACAGCUCGGAAGCCAUGCACACGAUCCCUAACAUGCAAGACACAUUCCCUAAGCCAGCGGAGGGCAGUGCUGGGCCGGAGGAAGCGCUUUGACACACUGUUGACUGAGCACAAGAGCAAAGCCCGGGAACGGGAGCUGCAGCACACCCACCCCCAGCAGAUCCCCCCUCUCAGGGACCCCCACCCCUCCCCCUCCCGGCUCGCCCCCCACCACGACGCCCACCAGGUCGCUCAAGGCAACGGAGCCGCCGACGCCGCCACCAAGCCUUUGGUGCUCGGCAAACCCAAACCUCAAAAUCCUGGUCUUCCACGACUGAACAGCAGUAUCUCUCAAGGAGGUGGCGGUUUCCUGGAAGAACCCUCGUUGGUCCACGAGUCGCCCCACCACUCUACGCCCGCCCCCGACGGGGUCGCCUGCCUGUCCAGUGACGAGGGGGAGAACGAGGAAAGGGAGGAAGGCACAGACAAACUGGACUGUCACUAUUCAGGUUACCAACCACGGCCGGCAGCUUACUGCACCUUUGGAAGUCGACUAUUUGGGAGUAGCUGCUACUCGUUUGACCGGCGCUGGGAUCGAAUGCGAUGUGCUCUUACUGCCAUGAUGGACAAGCACGUCAAUACUCAGAUGUGGAAGAAAAUCCCUUUGGCCUUGGAGAAUUCCUCUUCUGCACCGGCCCACAGGACAAGCACAAACUCCCUGUCCUCAUCCCACGGUAGCACACCUGCCUCAGGCUUCCUCAGCCCCUCUGCGCCCCCUCCGCCCCCCUACACCCAGUCUUACGACAGCAAGUCUGUGCUCUCGUACGGGACCACCUUAAACGCUCGUGCCUCCCAGGGCACGGCCGACCACCCUGCCUACAGUGCAACACAGGCCAGACAAGUGUCUUCGUCGCCCCAGAUGCCUUCAGCCCACUCCUCGGUCACCACCCUGGCUUCAGGGCGACCGCUCAAGUCCAGAUCCAGCGGCAAGUCCUUCAGAACCCGGGAGUCUUCCUCCACAGCCGCCAUAACCAACUCCACCAGCGGGGGCAGCACUAGCCUCAGCUCGGGGAAGAAGAAGAAGAACAGCUCCCUCACAUUGUCUCACGCUACCACCUACUCCUCAGAGUCCUCCUCCAACCCCACCUCUUCCUCCUUCAAGAAGAACUGCACGGUAAACAGUGGCAGCUCAGGGAGCACGUCCCACCACGCCCCACUAGUCCCCUCAUCUCACAGCGGUGUCCACAGUGUGGGACUUAAUUGUGGCCCCAAUGCCAGGACCAACUCCCUCAGUUUGAAGGCAGAGCCCUCGGGGCCAGCAGGGGUGUCGGGGCCUGGGGUCAGAGGCCCCCCCUCGGGUAGCCCGGCCGAGUCCAUCAAAAGGAUGAGUGUGGUGAUGAACAGCAGUGACUCCACCCUCUCCUUGGGGCCUUUUGUCCACCAGGCCUCAGAGCACCACAGCAGGUUCAGCCAUGCCCACACUGACGGCCGCCUGGAGGGGAAGAAACGCAAGGGCUCCCCCGCUGCCAGCUCCGUCAACAGUGGAGGUGGACCGGGCAGGCCCAAAGUGGCCAAGUCUCCAGCAAUCAACAACAUCCACAGCAAACAUGGACGCACAAUCCCAGGAGGCCCAGGGCUCCCAAACAACUCCCUCAUCCAUCAGCCAAAGGCCCGCCCCUGACAGCAGUGGCUGUGUCCUCUGUAUGGAACUGAGGGGCGGAUGAUAAGGGGGCAACCUGUACACUGCUCUGGACUGCACGAGGCCUUCUAAUGCCUUACUCUCAGCUUCCCAUGAUCCUCAGGGUGGAGGUGAUCUGGACAACCCUGUGAUGUCGUCUAUAGUGGAACUAUUUCUCCUAAAGCCAUGUGGAGGUGGCAGGCGUUAGCACCUGGGGUGGGUCUCACCUGUCCCCCUGUCAGUCAGUGUUGUCCUGAGGUAGGUCUUCCUAUGGGGAGGAGAGGAGGGCGUUGCAGCCUUCCUGCCCUUUGACCUCCAUGUUGAAGUUCCAGAGGUAUGGAGGGAGGGUGAAGGGCUGGCACAACAGCCAUGCCACCGCCCACCCACCAUGAUGCAGAGCCACUGGGAGUGACUGGAGAGCCAACAAGCCGCAAUCUGUUGGUAUCUGACGAUCUCUUCCGUGUGUGUGUGUGAGUGUUUGACUUUGUCACGUCAGAUUCUACUGGACUACUGGAAAUUCAAACUUACACCUGCAGGCCUGAACUCAGAAGCCUUGAAUGGAGAGGGCAGGAAGACAAACUGUCACUUACAUAACUUCAAUCACGUUGUUUUUAUCUCUUCACUACAUUUAGUUGGUUGGUUUGAAUCAUUGUGGCGUGUGUGUAGAUACCGCCAUGUUAUGUACAGUAGCCAGAGAUGAAUGACAUGAGCAGAUCCAGUCAAUUCUAUAUGAGUUUCAUACAUGACCCAAACAAUUAUGCAAGUGUUACUUUAUGUUUCUUAUCAUGUUUUCACUGAAUUCAACUACAGCAGAUUGGGGGGGUCAAUUGUGCAUGCAUAUGUGAAAAAGGAUGCCUGAUGUGACAAUUUGAUUGAAUGGUCGUGAAAGAGGCACUAAUGCUCAUGAAAGACCAGCUGAGUGCUUGGGACUAUAAGGUUCUAGCUGAAAAAAGAUGAUUGAGAUAAUUAGCUUUAAAGUUAAGCAGUUUUUAUAUUGUAUUCUUUUGAAAUUAACAACAUGAAUUGUGUUAUUUUGAGUACUAUAUAGGUAGGGAACAUUGAACAGAAUAAGGCUGUCAAUAACUACAUUUGAACAAAAAUGCAGAUUUACCUUAGUCCCAAGCUUGAAGUCGUAAUUCCUACAAUAUUAACAUUUUACUAAUGAACAGCCACAGUAGACCUAGCCCUAACUGAACAGCACUAAACAAAUACAGACCCACUACUUGCUUUAGGACAUUUAAGUUGUGCUUAUUUGCCCCAAAAGCUAGCCAAAGGCAGCCAUCUGUUUCUCCCACCAUAGUCUGUAACCACUAUCCCAGCUAUGGCUAGUUUCCAUUCCGGUACCUUUAGUAAUGUCACAAUACUGUGUUUGUGAGUAGAGGGGUUUGUAAUGAUUGACAUCAAACUUGUAAGUCUUUCAUCAAGCAUGAAGUCUUAAACUGGCAAUACUUCCCUCUGUCUGAGAUGAUGCUUUUUUUUGAGUAAGCGGUGGUUUUUGGGGGGUGUGAGAUUCAUGGAGAUGGCUUCAGAGGAAGUUACAACUUGUUUGUAACCCCUGUAAAUUUCAUUAACUCCACUGAUGUCAGGCAGCAGAGAAGUUGAGUGUUUUGUAUCUUACUUGAGCUUUUUCUUGUAUGUAUUGAACAAACAUCGAAGUAUCCCUAUUUCAGAAUACAUAUUUUGUUAACGAAUUGUACAUAUUGAAAUAUGUAUUUUUGCACAGGCAUUUUCUUAUACAAAAUGUUUUGGUACAAUUGAGAUUAUUUAUUUAGUAAUUGAAAUAACACGUUUAAGAACUUAACUUAUUUGAAGUGGUUCACUGCCAAGUCUAACGCAAUAGGCCUAUAACUAGAGGUUGAAGCAUCUCAUGAAUCAUGUACUGGGAUCCUUUAAAAGGUGAAGUGUUUCCACUGUAGCAUGUGUUUGUGUGAUAGACAAUAUGUUUUGUUUGAACUCUCCAAGGUCUCACUUGUGCUUUUUACUAUUUUCAAGUUGCCUCAAAAUAAUAAUUUUGUGACCCAAAUAGCCUGAUUCUGAAAUGCCCCGCAGGCUGAAAGCUGUGCCAGUUGUCUAAGCGACUUCUAUGGAUUCACUCAACUAAUUUGGCUGCAUUCGUGUUUACACCGGCAGCCCAAUUCUGAUUAGAUUUUUCUCCAAUAAUUGGUCUUUUGACCAAUAACAGAUCUCUUUCAGAGCUGAUCUAGUUAGUGAAAAGAAUUGGUCUGCCUGUGUAAACACGACAGCUGUAGACUAACAUUUCAUCAUUGACACUUUCCUUUUAAGGCUGAAGGGACUUAAGCAAUCAUGAUAAACACUUCAAACAGUACAACUGCUUGCAUCAUUGUUGCCAAACAUAAUUUGAAACUCAGCAUUAAGAAAAUUUAGUUUUCAGCGACUCAAAAUGCUGAAAUUAAGAAAGUGCCUGAAUUUGUUUAACACUGACUGAGGACAGUUUUUUUUAGUUUUACCUUACUUGAAUGUUCAGUGUUUUAGGAGCUUGCUUUUGAAAUCUGCCUAUGAACCCUAAAUGUGUAAAAAAAAAAAAAGAGGCUUGUCAGCGAGCUGGUAUGAAACCUUUUAACUCUUUUCUUUUGAUUUGUUUUCCAGAUGAGGUGCAGACCAGGGGGUGUUGAAGCUUCCUGGUCAAUUAUGAAUUGCUUGUAGCAGGUUCAGCAAAGUGUUUUGUUUACCCUCAACCUCCACUGAAAACGCUAACCUUGUUUUCAUGUGAUGGAAACUUUGCAAAGAUGUUUAUCAAGUACCACAGACUUGGAAUGUGAAAGUGAAACACAGCUUGCGGGAGGAAAAUAUCCUCAGUAAGAGCGUGCAGUUUUUGUAUACAUUAUCAGAAUCAUUUGAUCAGCUGGACUUGUAUUGGCUGCUAUGUAAUUAAUGAACAAACAUGGUAGGUUAGAUUUACUUAAUAUUUAAAGAAGAUUGUAUAUUCUAUUUGAUUUGUAACAGGUUUCUGUAAAUAAAUAAUUUAUACAGCUAUUUA